AUGAAGAAAGAAGAAAAGAAUCUUUUCGUUAUUAAUGAAAUUGAUGGCUGCCCGCAGCUGUUUCAUUUGCCUGCUGCUGCUGCUGCUGCUGCUGCUCCGCGUCGCCGCCCGCAGCUUUUGUCGGAGUGUCUAGACACCGCAUUUAGAGCUGCCUGCGAGGCCUGCCCCGCUGGCAGGUCUCUGCUGCAGCUGCUGCAGCAGCAGCUGCAGCAACAGCAGCAGCAGCAGCAGCAGGUUGCAGAGCUAAACGCCAACAGGCUGCUGCUCGAGUGGCCAAACAAAUUCGAAAAGCUGGGAACUGUGCUGCUGCUGCCAGGAGGCAGUUUAGAAGGAUUUGAAAACCUCAGAAAAAUGGCGAGUGCGCACAUCGGCAGCGCGGCCUUCGAAGAAAUAGAAAUUCGUUUUUGGAGCUUUUUUGCAAAAGACUUUUUUGUUUCUUCUGUUGCUCUGCAGCAAAAGAUUGAAGGGCCCUUGAGGCUCAACAAGAGCAUUUCCCCUGCUGCUGCUGCUGCUGCUGCUGCUGCUGCUGCUGGAGAAGUCGUGGUGGACCUUUUUGCUGGCAUCGGCUUCUUCGCCCUUCCCGCCCUCGCCUUUUGCCCGCCCCACAAACUCCGCAAACUCUACGCCUGCGACCUCAACCCCCACGCCCUCAAAUUCUUCAGUGAGGCGCUGCCCGUCAACCGCAUAGACCCCAAGAGGGUGACUUUUCUUUUGUGUGACAGCUUCGCGCCUCCGUCCGGUCCAGCUUCUGCUGCUGCUGCUGCUGCUGCUGCUGCGGGCGACGAGGACGCCUUUGCUGCUGCUGUCGAGGCAGCAGUUGAGGCGUCUCCCGCUGCUGCAGCAGCGCGAGCAGCAAUUGGCUCUUCUUCAUCCCCGCAGCAGCAGCAGCAGAGCCGCUCAGCAGCCACUCCACCGUCAUCAACCCCAGCAGCAGCAGCAGCUGCAGCAGCAGCAGCUGCAGCAGCAGCAGCAGCAGCAGCAGCAGGCGUGCCUGCUGCGCUGCUAGGCGCAGCAGACCGAGUGAGCCUCGGGCUAAUCCCCUCCAGCGAAAAGGCCUGGCCAACUGCUGUGGCGCUGCUCAGCAGCAGCAAAGGAGGCUUUCUGCACAUCCACGGAGUGGAGCAGCAGCAGCUCGCGAGCAGCAGCAGCACACCCUCUUGCCUGUACAUAUACCCCCCAGCAGCAGCAGCAGCAGCAGCACCAGCGGCAGCAGCAGCAGCACCAGCAGCAGCAGCAGCAGCACCAGAAGCAGCUGCAGCAGCAGCACCAGAAGCAGCUGCAGCGGCAGCAGCAGCAGGACCGGCAGCGGCAGCAGCAGCAGCAGCAGCAGCGCCCGCAGCAGCAGCAACAGCAGAAGCUGUGAGGGGGAACUGCCGGCUAGGGGCUUCUUUGGCGUUUGCGCAGCACGUGCUGCAGCAAAUUGGAAAGUUGGUGGCAGCAAAAGCAGCAGCAAGCAGCAGCCCGUGGCAGGUGUCUAUACACCGUGUGGAGAAAGUCAAAUCUUUUGCGCCAAAACUUUUCCAUUUUGUUGUCGAAGUUGAAAUAAAGCCUCUUCAGAACUAA